AUAAAUAUUCCACUGGUCAGUCACCACCUUUAAAUAUUAUCGCCUUUAGAACGCACACUACCAACGGAUUCAGGUGUGUGGCAACCCAAUACGCAUGAAACUUUUUCUAACGACUACACGGGUCCCCUUCACAUAAUAAUCUCGUCUACCGAAAACAAAAAUGUUGGUAAUCUGCUUACCGUCAAAUUAGUAUUACUUUGUGAUUCGCCACCAACGUCAAUCAUCUAUCUACUUGAGUUUCCGUUGCACGUUUCGAAAGAUAUCCACGGUCGCGGGGGAUAUAAUCCAACAGGACUCGAGUAUACAGAGUAUAUCUAAUACAACAAUUGGUUAUAUUACGACGAUAUCAAUUGUAUUGGUUCGGCCGGUCACAGGAUGAGGAUGGAGCUAUCGUUAUUGGUGUUGGCCGCCGCGCAAAUGUCCGCGGUGCUCGGUGCUCGGAUACUGGCGGUCGAGCCGAUCGGCAGUAGAAGCCACUGGCAGUAUAUGCGGUCCAUACUGGACGUGUUGACGGCCCGGCACCAAGUGACCGUGAUCACUCCGCUGCCGACCGGCGACCGGGAGAACUACACGGAAAUCGACGCGUCGCACGUGUUUCCGAUCUACGCGGAGGAAAACGCCGAGCGCAUGAUCGAGCAAUUCGGCUCGUUGAUCAAAAUGCUGCCGCCGAUGCCGGAGCGCAGCCACGAACGCGACAUGUGCGACGCGUUCUUCGACCACGAGCCGGUCAAGCGGCUGAUGCGCGCCGAGAACGCGGGCCGUUACGACGUGGUCGUGCUCGAGCCGUUCUACUCGCCGUGUCUGUCGUACCUGGCGCACCGGUUGCGCGUGCCCGAGAUCUACGCGAUCCCGUCGUCCAUGAUCACGCCCAUGGAGAUGCUGAUAUUCGGCACCGAGCCCAGCCCGUCCUACGUGCCCAACCUGCUGUACAACGGCCCGGUCAUGGACGGCUUCGCGCAACGGCUGACCAACGUCGCGGUGCACGUGUACGUGAAGGUCGUGCCGUGGUUGACCAACGUCAGGAUGAUGUACAGCGAGCCCAAGCGUUACGACGUGGCUGACGUCCGGCACAAGCCGGCGCUCGUGUUCAUCAACACGCAUUUCAUCACCGAAUCUCCGCGCCCGUUUCCGGUAAACAUGAUACAGAUCGGCGGCAUCCACUUGAAACCACGCGAGAACUUACCGGAAGAUAUAUUAGAUUUUAUUGAAAAAUCACCACAUGGAGUAAUAUAUUUUACUUUUGGAUCUGUGUCAUCAAUGUCAACAUUACCAAACCGUAUACAACAAAUACUUAUUGAAUCGUUUGCUCAAGUUCCUCAAAGGAUAUUAUGGAAAUAUGAUGGAGAAAUCAAAAAUUUGUCAGAUAAUGUAAUGACGAGAAAAUGGUUUCCUCAACGUGAUGUUCUUCUACAUCCUAAUGUAAAAUUGUUUAUAAGUCACGGAGGAAUAUCUGGAGUAUACGAAGCCGUUGAUGCAGGAGUCCCAGUUCUUGGAUUCCCGCUUUUCUAUGACCAGCCAAGAAACGUGGGUAACUUGGUAAAUGCAGAAAUGGCACUAUCAUUGGAUUUAUUGACAUUUAAUAAAAAUGAAUUUUUGAAAACAAUUGAUAAGCUAAUCAAUGAUAAAAAUUACACAAAAAAUGCUAAAGUAGCUGCCAAACGUUUUAAAGAUCGACCGAUGACACCUCAAGAUUUGGUUUUAUACUGGACAGAAUACGUUAUUCGUCAUAAUGGUGCCCAACAUUUAAAAUCUGAAGCUCUAAACCUCUCGUGGUACCAAUAUAUAUUAUUGGAUGUAAUUUUUGUUGUAAUCAUAUCAUUUUUAGUCUUAGUGUAUUUGAGUUAUAUUGUUUUUAAUUUUAUUUAUUUACGUUUUAAAAUGUACUCAAAUGUGAAAAUUAAGUCAGAAUAAAUAAAACUAACAAUUUU